UUUCACCUUCUCUUUCCUCUCUUCCCUUGCAUUCCCUUCUCCUCCCGUGGGAGGAAGCUCAGGUAAAAAGGAAAAGAGGGGGUUUGUUUCAGAAGAACAUCGAGUUCUACACAUUGUUCUCUUCUUCUCGUUGUUCUUUUUAUUGGAUAUAUUCCAUUUUCGCCGAGGAAAUUCCCUGGAUUCUGUUGGAAUCUAGGGUUCUUUCGAUUCUUGAUUGACUCGAUUGAGUUAGGAGGCGAAUUAGUCGGGAAUGGAUUUGGGGUAAUCGAGACGAUCGCAGUCUCGAUUUCCGGUGGCCGGAUUCUUGGUGGACGGCCGGUUUUGUAUGGAAACGCGGAGCCGGAAGCGGGCGGAGGCCUCCUCAGCAGCGCCCUCUAACCCUUCGUCGUCGACCCCCGUCCUUCGCUCAUCCAAACGCGCCCGCCUUUCUGCCUCGACCUCUGCCGCCUCGCCUCCAGUCACGCGCUCCCGCCAUAAUUUGCGUUCUCAAGACCCGCCUAUGGACUCCAGCAACACGGAAUCGUCUGGUUCACGCCGUCGCCACCACCAUCAUCAGAAACAGCCUGCUGGCGGGGGCGACCGGGAGAAGGAUUCGGCUGAGAAGGGGAAGGAGAAGGAGCCGGACCCUCGGCACCUAGGGUUUGGUUUUGACGCGGCCGGCGGGGAUGACGACGAUGGCGAGGGCGUUAGCAUCCUGCAUCAAAACCUGACUACUGCGAGCAGCGCGCUUCAGGGCCUUCUCAGGAAGCUGGGCGCCGGACUCGAUGAUCUCCUCCCUUCGUCAGCACCGUCGUCGUCGCAGCAGAGCGGGAGGUUGAAGAAGAUCCUCUCCGGGCUGAGGGCUGACGGCGAGGAAGGGCGGCAAGUGGAGGCCUUAACGCAACUUUGCGAGAUACUGUCAAUUGGGACCGAGGAUUCGUUGAGCUCGUUCUCUGUGGACUCCUUCGUGCCCGUGCUCGUUGGGCUGCUCAAUCACGAGAGCAACGCCGAUAUCAUGCUUCUUGCUGCUCGCGCAUUGACACACCUGUGCGACGUUCUCCCGUCCUCUUGUGCCGCCGUCGUUCACUAUGGCGCUGUCUCGUGUUUCUGCGCCCGAUUGCUCACCAUUGAAUACAUGGAUUUAGCGGAACAGUCGCUGCAAGCUCUGGAGAAGAUUUCACAUGAACAUCCAACAGCGUGCUUGCGUGCUGGCGCAUUGAUGGCGGUGUUAUCAUAUCUCGACUUCUUUUCAACUGGAGUUCAGAGAGUUGCAUUGUCUACUGCUGCAAAUAUGUGCAAGAAACUUCCAUCUGAUGCAGCGGACUUUGUUAUGGAAGCUGUACCGCUGCUUACAAAUCUCCUUCACUAUCACGAUUCAAAGGUGCUAGAUCAUGCUUCUGUUUGCUUGACCCGUAUUGCCGAGUCGUUUGCACAGGCACCUGACAAACUAGAUGAACUUUGCAACCAUGGAUUGGUUGCACAAGCUGCAGGUCUUAUUUCAGUUAGUAAUUCAGGAGGCGGUCAGGCUUCACUUAGUACACCAACAUACACGGGUUUGAUUCGCUUGCUGUCAACUUGUGCAAGUGGCUCUCCUCUUGCAUCUAAAACCCUUUUGCUUCUUGGGAUAAGUGGCACUCUGAAAGAUAUACUGAAUGGUUGUAACUUGGCUGCAAGCAUGUUUGUAUCACCUGCUUUGGCUAGGCCUCCUGAACAGAUAUUUGAGAUUGUGAACCUUGCCAAUGAGCUUCUUCCUCCACUUCCACAAGGCACAAUUUCUCUUCCAAACAGCUCAAGUUUUUUUGGGAAAGGUUUGGUAGGAAAAAGGUCCUUUUCUGGCAGCACUACAAAGCAGGAAGAUGCUAAUGGAGCCUCUUCUGAUGCUUCUGUGAGAGAGAGAUUAUUCCACGAGCAACCUGAACUUCUCCAACAGUUUGGGAUGGAUCUACUUCCUGUAUUAGUACAGGUUUAUGGAUCGAGUGUGAAUAGCCCAAUUCGUCAUAAGUGCCUCUCUGUUAUUAGCAAGUUGAUGUAUUUCAGUACAUCUAGCAUGAUACAGUCAUUAUUGACAGUGACAAACAUUUCUAGUUUCUUAGCAGGUGUCUUGGCAUGGAAAGAUCCUCAAGUUUUAAUUCCAGCUAUUCAAAUAGCUGAGAUUCUGAUGGAAAAACUUCCUGAUACUUUCUCUAAGAUGUUUGUAAGGGAAGGUGUUGUUCAUGCCAUAGAUGCCCUUAUUUCAAUGAGUGGCUCAGAUAUGGUUCCUCAACCAUCACCAGCUGAAAAAGAACAGGAUGCCCUGCCUUCAUCACGUUCUCGCCGUUACAGGCGACGUAGUGGUGCUUCUAACCCUGAAGCUAAUGCUCUCGAGGAGUCAAAAGGUUCUGUUAGUAUUGGGUCACCUCCAGCUGCCAUUGAGGUUCCAACAGCAAAUUCUAGCCUUCGUGCAACAGUCAGUGCAUGCGCAAAAUCAUUCAAAGAAAAGUUCUUCCCAGCUGAUCCUGGGGCAACUGAUACUGCAGUAACAGAUGACCUGUUGAAAUUGAAAAAUCUUUGUGCAAAAUUAAAUGCAAGUGUCAUAGACUUCAAAGGUAAGGCUAAGGGCAAGUCAAAAGCUUCUGGUCAUGUUUUAACCGACUUAUCUGCAGAUACUGAAGAACACCUCAUAGGUAUUAUAUCUGAACUGUUGGGAGAGCUGAGCAAGGGUGAUGGAGUAUCAACAUUUGAGUUUAUUGGUAGUGGGGUUGUUGCAGCGCUAUUGAAUUACUUUUCUUGUGGGACAUUCUCAAAAGAGAUGCUCUCUGAAACCAGCUUAACCAAGCUUCGCCUGCAAGCCUUGAAAAGGUUCAAGCUGUUUAUUGCAAUUGCUCUCCCCUCUGGUUUUAAGACAACUACUGAGGCCCCUAUGACUAUUUUAGUCCAAAAAUUGCAAAAUGCAUUAACUUCAUUGGAACGCUUUCCUGUCAUUCUCAGCCACUCAUCUCGCUCUUCUAGUGGUAGCGCACGCCUUUCUUCGGGGUUAAGUGCUCUGUCUCAACCAUUUAAGUUGCGCCUAUGUCGUGCACAAGGUGAUAAAACUCUACGUGAUUAUUCUUCAAACAUUGUGUUGAUUGAUCCUCUGGCGAGUUUGGCAGCUGUUGAGGAGUUUCUUUGGCCUAGAGUUCAGAGAAAUGAAUCAGGACAGAAGACUUCUGCACCUGUGGCAAAUUCUGAACCUGCUGCAUCACCUGCUUCAGGUGGUGCAUCAUCGCCAUCUACAUAUGCUCCUCCUGCAUCUGGUCGACGCCAUUCUACUAGAUCAAGGUCGUCGUCAGUGGCAGUAGGAGAUUCUACCAAGAAGGAAACCCAUGAAGGUCAUGCCAGUUCAUCCAAGGGCAAGGGUAAAGCUAUUCUUAAAUCUUCUGCUGACGAAUCACAGGGUCCACAGACUAGAAAUGCUGCACGCAGAAGGGCAUCUUCUGAGAAAGAUACACAACUGAAAGUAGCACCUGGUGGUUCUAGCUCUGAGGAUGAUGAAUUGGACAUUUCACCUGUUGAGAUUGACGAUGCUUUGGUUAUUGAAGAUGAUGAUGUCUCAGAAGAUGAAGAUGAUGACCAUGAUGAGGUUCUAGGUGAUGAUUCAGUUUCUAUCUGUGUAUCCGACAAGGUACAUGAUGUGAAGCUGGGAGAUACACCUGAGGAUACGACAGUUGCACCAGCUUUAGCUGACACCCAGGUUCCUCCAUUGUCUGGUUCUAGCAACAGAAGCGUCUCUAUCAGAGGAACAGAGACUACUGAGUUUAGAAGUGGUAGCCCCUUUGGUUCUAGAGGGGCUAUGUCUUUUGCUGCUGCUGCAAUGGCUGGUCUUGCCUCUGCUAGUGGUAGAGGUGGCAUUAGGGCAAGUCGAGAUCGUCGGGGACUUCCCAUAGUUGGCAGCUCAAGUGAUCCUCCAAAACUGAUUUUCUCUGUUGGUGGUAAACAGCUAAACAGACAUCUUACCAUAUAUCAGGCCAUCCAACGCCAGCUUGUAUUGGAUGAAGAUGAUGAUGAAAGGUUUAAUGGGACUGACUCUCUACCAAGUGAUGGACAGCGAUUGUGGUAUGACAUAUAUACGAUCACAUAUCAAAGAGCUGAUGCCCAAGCUGAGAGGAGUUCAAUAGGAGCUUCAGCUUCUAAUUCACAAUCAAAAUCUUCUAGAUCUGGAUCGGCCUCUAAUACAAGUCCAGAUGCUUCAAAACAGCAGAAAUCACUUCUUGACAGCAUCCUGCAAGGUGAACUUCCAUGUGAUUUGGAGAAAUCUAACCCCACAUACAGCAUUUUGGCAUUACUUCGUGUCUUAGAAGGUUUAAAUCAGCUUUCUACUCGCUUGAGAAUAGAAGCGGCUACUGAUGUUUUUGCUGAAGGGAAGAUAUCCAGCUUUGAUGAGCUUUUUGGCACUGGUGCAAGAGUUCCUGUUGAGGAGUUCAUUAAUAGCAAACUGACUCCAAAAUUGGCCAGGCAAAUUCAGGAUCCCCUGGCUUUGUGCAGUGGAAGUCUUCCUUCUUGGUGCUACCAGUUAACUAAAGCAUGUCCCUUCUUGUUUCCUUUUGAGACUAGGCGGCAGUACUUCUAUUCUACUGCAUUUGGGUUGUCCCGAGCACUUCAUCGGCUUCAACAACAGCAAAGUGCUGACAACCAUGGUUCAAGUAAUGAAAGGGAAGUACGGGUUGGUAGACUGCAACGCCAGAAAGUCCGUGUCUCUCGUAACCGCAUCUUAGAUUCAGCAGCAAAGGUUAUGGAAAUGUACUCCAGCCAGAAGGCUGUUCUUGAAGUGGAAUAUUUUGGUGAGGUUGGUACUGGAUUAGGCCCGACUCUGGAGUUUUAUACCCUUCUUAGUCAUGAGUUGCAGAAGGUGGGAUUGGGGAUGUGGAGGUCUAGUUCUGAAGUGGAUAAGUCUGAAAUGGAUAUGGAUAAUGAUGACAAGGUUGUUGAGAAAGUGGAUGAAGCUUAUGAUGCAAAGAAACUUGGACGGGAUACUGCUGCUGGGGAUGCAGAACUUGUACAUGCUCCUCUUGGGUUGUUUCCUCGUCCAUGGCCUCCUAGCUCUGAUGCUUCUGAUGGAAGCCAAUAUUCAAAGAUUAUAGAGCAUUUCCGCCUUAUUGGAAGGGUCAUGGCAAAGGCUUUACAAGAUGGCAGGCUCUUGGACCUUCCACUUUCAACUGCUUUUUACAAGCUUGUUUUGGGUCAAGAACUUGAUUUGCACGAUAUUCUUUCUUUUGAUGUGGACUUGGGAAAGAUUUUACAAGAGAUGCAUGCUCUUGUUCGUAAAAAACAGUAUCUGGAAUCAUUGUCUGGCGAUAAUCAAAAGCAAAUUUCUGAAUUAUGCUUUCGUGGUGCUCCAAUGGAAGAUCUCUGUCUUGAUUUUACCCUUCCUGGUUAUUCGGAUUAUGUUUUGAAGCAAGGAGGAGAUAACACAAUGGUUGACAUUUAUAAUUUAGAAGAAUAUAUUUCUUUGGUGGUUGAUGCAACUCUUAAAACGGGAAUUAUGAGACAACUCGAAGCAUUUAGGGCUGGCUUCAAUCAGGUUUUUGAUAUAUCAUCCCUCCAAAUAUUCUCUCCCAAUGAGCUGGACUGCCUACUCUGUGGUCGUAGGGAAUUGUGGAAGGCUGAUAGUUUGGUUGAUCACAUCAAAUUUGAUCAUGGAUAUACAGCUAAAAGUCCUGCAAUAAUCAAUUUCCUUGACAUCAUGGGAGAAUUUACACCAGAGCAACAGCGUGCUUUCUGUCAAUUUGUCACUGGUGCGCCUAGGCUUCCACCUGGUGGUUUGGCUGUCCUAAACCCAAAACUGACAAUUGUGAGGAAGCAUGCCUCGAGCGCAACGAGCAUGGCAUCAAAUGGUACUGCAACUGCUGAAUCAGCUGAUGAUGACUUGCCAAGUGUUAUGACCUGCGCUAAUUACCUUAAGCUGCCUCCAUAUUCCACAAAGGAAAUCAUGUACAGGAAGCUGCUGUAUGCAAUCAGUGAGGGACAGGGAUCAUUCGACUUGUCAUGAAAAUGAUAUUUACUAAUCCCCUCUCAUCAAAUAUCUAAGAGAUUGGGAUUUUUUGGAUCAUCUCUGUCCAUCGGUGUUUCCGAUUCUAUAACCAGAUUGGGAAGAUAAUCUUCAUUAUGUCAUGUUCAUACCUGACAAGAGAUGAUCCAUAAGUUGCACCAGAUCCUUGAGAAUGGUUGCAGAUAGCUGCAGGAUUUUCAUGCCUAGAGCUUAUGGUGGGUUGUUGGGAAGGUUCCUCUUCCGUCUUCUGGAAAGCUGAGCAGGGAAAAGAGUAUUUUGGGUGUGGUCCAAUAAUAGAGCUCGUUUUUUCCCUUUUUUCCUUCGGUUUUGAAUGUGGUGUUAAUAAUUUAAGCUCUUUAGUCAUCAUCUAAUUCCUGUAUCUAUGAAAUUCUUGUCAUUGCCACAGCUUGUACUUGUUCUAUUCCAGUUCAGAGGGGAAGAAGAAAACCCAAGAAUUAGUAUAAUCUUUUAGGAGACGGUGAUAAACGACGUAUUGAACAAACAGCUGACAUAUGCUAAUUCCUAGUCCCUUUAUGGCAACUAUUGUACAUAUGAAAAGAAGUCUGGUGUUGAAACUCUCUCUAUAGUUUGCCUGUCA